AUUUAUUCAAUUUAAAAGCGCUAAAGCGCUUUAAAAUGCUUAUAUUGAAAGCGACUUUAACAUGGAACUACGCGUUCAAAUUUAGGUGUAAACGAAACGAGCAUAGCUCCUGCUCUCAUUCUCUCCCGCACUCCCUAUUCCGGCAGUAUGCCCGGUGUGGCGUCAGAUUCCGGCGAUCUUAGCUCGCCCUCCAUCGUACCGCACUCCUUGGACGCAGAGGCGCCGAGGGUUUACCCUAUCGGGACCCGCAGCGUCGCCGCCCCACCCGCACGCCUCUCCAUCUCGUGGAAACGCGCUCCGCGUCUCGCUCCUCCAGCAGCCCGAGGACGCUGGUCUGGAUGAUGCGCCCGUAGGCGAAAUGGUGGAAGUGAAGUUCAGCGAUGCAGACGAAGGAGAAUUUUCCGGCGCGCGGUGGCGGAGGAUUGCGUCCCUUCGCGCUUCUUCAGAGGCGAAAGAGUUCGAUUGAGUCGAUGCAGUACGAGAAAGACUGGUGGGAACAUGUGAUGGAGUACAGCAAGGAAAUAAAUUCUCUUCUUGAUAAUUCAAAGCCAUCUGUUUCUCCAAUGUUUGAAGACCCCAAAACAAUAUUGAAGAAAGCUGAGGAGCCAACGUUUGUUAAAGCUGCCUGGGAGGUGAUGGAAAUGUUCUAUGCAGACAAGCAAUCUCAGACUUGGAUCCCUGAACGCCUUCUUGAUUGGUUAGCUGAUUUUGAUUGCCUGUUCUCGAAAAGUCAGUCAACUGUCCAUGCGGAACUUGUGGCUUUCCAAGAAAGAGCUUGUCACUGUCCCGGUUUUGUCAUAUUGUUCAAUCGCAGUUGAGAAUGAUCCAGAAUACUGUGAAGUUCUGUCAUCAGCCUUAGCAGUAGGCUGGCUUGAUAUUGUUGUAAAGCUGUUGCGCUUGCAUGGAUCCUAUUUAUCCGAUCAGCUAGGAACUCGCGAGAUUGAAUAUGGGCUUGUGGAAGCAGUUGCUCUUCUCAUAUCACAGAUGCCCCGCUUACGGCCUGAUCUACCGGAAGACAAAUUAGGAGAAUGCUUCUAUACCAAACCCGAGUUUAUGAAGGCAUGGGAAAAAUGGCGAGGUCAAAUUAUUAAAUUGGACUGCACUGCAUUCUGGCUGCAAUGUGAUCAUGAGCAAACUAGACUUGGACUGAAGAAUAUGCUUCAGGUCAUGUUGGGAAAUGCUAGUGUCCUCUCCAAAGUAACGUAUCACUGGCUAGAACUUUACGUGUUCCACUUUUUGUACAUCAGGCCCUUCACAGCGGGAUUAGAAAGCAUGUAUAGCUUAGCUAAGAAGUGCAUGCAUUUAAAACCUACUCGUCACAAGUUGAUGGGUUUAUUAGUCGGGAUUCUAGAAGAAAACACAUAGGCUGUUUUAGCUGAAUGCUCAAGAUCAUUCGGUCCCUGGAUGAUAACUCGUGCUAUAGAGCUGUUAACAGCUGGAAGUACUCAAGCAGAAAUACUUUUGCAUGAAAGGGCUAAAAAAUCAGUGGAAUCUGCAUGGAAGAACUUCACCGGUUGAUUUAUGCCCAGAUUCUGUCAUCUCAUGCCUUCACAUGGAACAUUGCUCCAAUAUAUUUGACAUCAUGUAUGAAACAAGGACUGCACUUACUGGAAAAAUUAUUGUACAAGCAGCCUGUGCAAUAUCAUCAAGUUUUACAAAAGAGCAUAGAGAUCUGCCGUCUCAAUGGACUUGAUUAUCUUAGUUCGAAGAUUAUGAAGAUUGCUGGUGUUCAUUACUGGAAACAUGGCAAAAAAGGUUUAGCCAUUUUCUGGCUUAAGCAAUCUCGGGAUGAAGUCCGCUUAAACAGAAUUGCCAAACAGUUGUCUGAUGUUGUCGGAAAAUCAGUUUCUAAUGAAAGUUUCAAGCUAUGGGAAGGGAUGAUCGAACUAUUAGGGAAUGAAUCGAGAACUGCUGGUGGCCUCGAGUUCUUGAAAAAGUAUAGGGAUUUUAGGCAAUCCCUUCAGCAAGUUCAGGAAGGAAUCACAACCGAUGAUACCCGAAAAGCAGCAGAAGCCCUUAUAUCACUAAUGAGAAACCCUUCUACACCUCAACAGUUUUGGUUGCCUCUCUUAUAUGACUCAUUGAAAUUGCUUGACUGGCACGAUUGCCCCUUGUUUAAUGUUUCACAGACCAAUCUCUUGCUGAACAAAUUACAAGACUUAUCACUGGCGAAAUUGCUGCCGGGCUUCACUGGCCCGGCAUUGCAGCCCGAGGCCCUGAAAUCUGUCCGGUUGGCCCUCGCAACUAACUUCGGACGUCUGGACGAGUAAGUUCGAAUUUAUUCUCCACUUUAUUUUGUACCUUAUUAAAAGUUAAAAUCCAUGUAAUUGUGCUUAUUGCCAUCAGAAUUUGUCUUCAACUUUGCCCUAUAAACUAAAUUGUGAAAAAGAAACACAUCAUUUAAAAUAAUAAGGAAGCUUGCUG